AUGAGUGAAACAUUGCGAUUGAUUACGCAGAAACUAAAUGGCGAACCAUUUAAUAGAAAUUUCAAUUUAAUAUCAUUCGAUUCACUAGAGCCGGUGCAUCUUCUACAACUACUUAAUGACGUUAUUGGUGAAAUCGAUCCAAAGCAUAAAAUUGAUAUCCGAGAAGAGUCUUCAGAUCAAACAGCCAUAAGGUUGUUCGAAGCAAUGCGAAUACUCGGUUAUAAACUGCCGACUGAUCAAGAAACUCUAAGUAUUUUCCGCCAAGGUUUAGUGACAGGAGACAAAAUGAUCAUCUACCCCUUGCUGGAGUGGCUGCUCAGCAGAAUCCCCGGACUUAAGAAACGAGCUUACUUGGCUAGAUUUUUGGUUAAGAUACCAAUACCCCCGGAAUUCAUGCAAGAUGAGGAAAUAUCAAACCUUUAUCACCAGUAUGAGAGCAUAAUUGAAAACUUCAAGGAAUCCCAUAAGAAACUUGACAGCUUAAGGGAUGGUGGAUUAACGACAGCAGAAAUUAAGAAAGACAUAUCAGCAAUGCAAGACGAAAAAGAUCAACUUUUUAGUCGGGUUGAGAGAAUGAAAAAGAAGCUAGAAGUCUUCCCGACUAGUUAUAAUAUGCUUGAAAUGGCCAAAAAAUUACAGCAAAAAUCACUGAUCGCCAAUUUAGAUCAACGCAUUCAGAGAACGCAGCAACAAGUGAAGGAAUUAAGGAAAGCUGCAACUGGUGCAACGCCUGCAGCAUUGAUACAACGCAUGGAAGAGGAGACAAGAGUAAAUCAAUAUAUGCUUUCUGAAAAAUUGCCUAAAGAGCUUUCUAUUACAAAAAAAUAUAUUGACGAUUUAAACAAAGUGGUCUCACAACCAGCGAUGAGUCAGUCAUUUUUAGAUCAACUCCAACAACAACUGCGAGAUGUGAACUCUGAAACUAAUAAACUUAUUGAAAAACGUAUGGUUUCUAGUGAACCGUUAGAUGAUAAGAUCUCACUUUUUCGCCAACAAGCUGCUAUUGUAACACGUAAAAAAUGUGCUGCUGCUGAAACAUUAGCUAUAGCACGUGAAAAAUUGUCUGCGCUAGAUAGUCGUCUUGAAGAGACGAGAAGUCAACUAGGUAGUGCUAAUGCUGGUAUCCUGAGUAAUGAACAUGAUAGAGGUGGUAUAAAUUUAGCACCCGCCGCUGGUGAUAUGAGUAAACCGACCGACUAUAAAUCCAACGGAAUAACUUGUUUAAAAGCAGAUGACUUUCAAAGAUAUGUUACAAAACUUCGUAGUAAAAAUACAAUAUAUAAACAGAAACGUGCACAACUAAAUGAAUUACGUGCUGAAAAGGGAAUACUAACUAGGACUGUAGAACUAUUACGUAGUGAAGAAAGUGAAGCCAAGAAACUGCUAGCUGAAACAGAAUCGGAACAAGGUAUCAGUGGCUUUUGGGAAAAUCAAACAAAUUUGGGAAAUAAAUUUACUGAUCAUGUUCUUUUUAUUGGUGUAAACAAGGUUUCGGAACACAUGUCACUUAUAAAUGAACAAAAAGGCGCAACAUUGGAAGAAGUAUCAAAAAUUGUACAACAAUUAAAUAGUCGAAUAAAUGCAAAACGUGCACAACUAGCACCGAUAAUACGAGAACUUCGACCGCUGAGACAAAGAGCUCAGGAACUUAGCCAACUGCAUGUAGAAAAGAAAUCAGCACAUGAUGCCUUGGCAGCAGGUCAAGAAUCUCAAUCUGUUCGACUAGAACAAGAAGUUCGAGGAGCUCGAGAAGCUGAAAAAGUUGAAGAAUCAAGAUUCCAUUAUUUAUCUGCAGUUUUAGAAACACUGCACACUCAACAACAUCGUUUACAAGAAGAGAUGCGUGGUUAUUUGUCUGCAGGAGGUGGCGGCGUUACUGUUAUUGCUGACAAAAAUUUACCUGGAGCAGGCGAGAAAAGAAAAAGCUAUAGAGACAUUUAUACGCGUAAAAUAGCUGAACAAGAAGCAUUAACAAGAACACUUAAAGAGGAACAGAAACGUCUCUUGGAAAAUGAGAAAGUUGGUUUAAAGCAAGUUAGUCUGUGGACAGAUUUACUGCGGUUGUUGGAAGCUAAACAAAUUGCCAGAGAAGUUAGUGAAGCACGAGAAAAAGCUGGUGGUGAAUAUGCAGAUGUCACAAAAAUAGAAAAAGAUAGAAUGCUAUUAUAA